AUGAAGCGGAACAACAUCUUGGCUGGAGUGCUCCUGGUCGGGGCGGCCGGAGCCAGCUACUACUCGGGCUUUGCGCGCCGGGACCCCAUCCUCAGCGCCACCCCCAAGGCCGAGUUCAGCAAUUGGAGCGGAACACACACCGUGGUGGCGCACCGCCUGUACGAGCCCGAGAGCCUGAAGGACCUGGAGAACAUCAUGAACCUCGCGCACAAAGGCGGGAGCAGGCUGCGUGUGGUGGGCUCCGCCCUCUCCCCCAACGGCAUGGCCUUCUCGGAGGAGGGCAUGCUGAGCCUGGCCCACAUGGACGCCAUCCUGUCCAUCGACGCCGAGCGGCGGCUGGUCACCGUGCAGGCCGGCGCGCGCAUCGCCGACGUGGCGGCGCGCUUGCGCGAGCACGGGCUGACCCUGCAAAACUACGCCAGCAUCCGGGAGCAGAGCGUGGCGGGCUUCGUGCAGGCCGGCGCGCACGGCACGGGCGCGGGCAUCCCGCCCGUGGACGCGCAGGUGGUGGGCAUGAAGCUGGUGACCCCGGCGGAGGGUGUCCUGGACAUCACAGAGGAGUCCGACCCGGAGCUCUUCCGGCUCGCCAGAGUGGGCCUGGGCUGCCUGGGGGUGGUGGCGGAGCUGACGCUGCGCUGCGUCCCCGCGCACCGCCUGCUGGAGACGACGAGCGUGGAAAGCGCGGCGCAGGUGUGCGCCGCGCACGCGACGCGCCUGGCCGCCGCGCGGCACCUGCGCUACAUGUGGAUCCCGCACACCGACGCCGUGGUGGUCGUGCAGAGCGUGGAGGCGGGUCCCGAGGCCGCCGCGCGCGCCGAGGCGGAGAUCGCGGCGGCUGCGGCGGCGGCGGGACGAGGCAAAGCCGACCCCGCAGCGGCGCUGCGCGCGCUGGCCGUCACCGCGCGCCUGCUCUCGGAGCGCGAGGCCGCACCGCUGUCUGCCUUCCAGCUGCGCGACGAGCUCCUCGCCCACGCGCCCCUGGACGCCGGCUGGGUGCGACGCGUGAACGCGGCCGAGGCCGCCUACUGGCGUGGCUCGGCGGGCCACCGCGUGGGCUGGAGCGACGAGGUCCUGGGCUUCGACUGCGGCGGGCAGCAGUGCGUGAGCGAGGCGUGCUUCGCCACGGGCACGCGCGCCGCGCCCGCGGGCGCCGACCUGGCCUACGCGCGUGACCUGCUGGCCCUGGUGGAGCGGGAAGGCCUGCCCGCGCCCGCGCCCAUCGAGCAGCGCUGGACGGCGGGCAGCGCCUCGGCCAUGAGCCCCGCGCGUGGCGGCGCGGCCGACCUCUUCUCCUGGGUGGGCAUCAUCCAGUACCUGCCUGUGCCCGAGGACGGCGACGCGGAGGGGGAGCGGCGCAGGGACGCCGUCGUGCAGAGCUUCAAGCGCUACAGGACCCUCGUCUCCGAGGCGCUGUUCGACAAGUACGACGCCGUCGAGCACUGGGCCAAGGUGGAGCCCCCUGAGGAUGCCGCCGAGCUGGAGGCCCUGAGGCAAAGGCUGGGGAGGAGGUUCCCGGUGGCUGCCUUCCAGGCCGCGCGACGGCGGCUGGACCCCAAGAACAUCCUGUCCAAUGACUGGGUGAAUGCUCUUUUUCCACUGCCACAGACAGAGGAGGCUGGAGACUCUGACGAGGGCCAGCCUGCUGCCAGGGCCGAGGCGGCGUGA